AUGGAUCGAUUGAAAAAGUUUUUAACCGAUAAAAAGGUGUCAAAAUCAUUCAAAAGAGCUGGCACAGGACAUCGUUUGACAGAGGACACAUCGAAAUAUGCGAGUAUCCAAGCGGGUAGUAUGCAGAGAGGUGCUUCUUCACAGUCGCAGGAUCGUCCAGAAACGUCAGUUGAGAGGAUUGCGGCUGCAGAUGUGGCCGCACAAGCUGCCUACAAACGUAUGAAUUUAGGUGCGAAGAAU